UAAACAUACAUCAGAUGUAUUUUUUUAUAUAUUAUAUCAAUUCAACAAAUAGAAAUUAAAGUCGGUGGGUUGUGUAUUGAAUAAAAUAAUAUGAGUGCAAAAUGCGAUGAUUGUGAGAAAAAUUCCAAUGACAAGUGCCUUCAAUGUAUUAAAGAUCAAGAAAAUCAAAUUGUAGUUAAAGAAAUAUUACAAAUAUCAAGAAAUCGUAAAGCCACAAGAAAUUCUAAGAAAUGUAGAAAGAAAACUCCAAGUACACAACAUAUCCAAAAAUUACAAUUGCCAAAUGGCGAUGUUCAGUAUCGCUGCAUUUGUGGAAGGACUUUUAAUAGUAGAACACAACAAUAUUAUCAUUUGCGGUGUGGUGACGCGUCAGUCAAGAAAUUUAUAUGCGACAAAUGUGAGAAGGACUUUGCCUCCCGUUCUCAUUUAAAAUACCACUUGGAAACUCAUAAUUCUGAGUCACAUGUAUGCACAGAAUGUUCCAAAACUUUUAUGAACCAAAUCGUUUUGAAAAAGCACAUGAAACUGCACAAAUCAAGUUCGGUGAAGUGCAGCGUAUGCUUCAAGAUAUUUCGUAAUAACGAGACACUAUCGACUCACAUGAAACUACACAGUGAUACCUUUUCAUUUCAAUGCCAUAUUUGUCAAAAAAAAUAUGCAAUAAAAUCAUCAUUACAACAGCACAUGCUUAAGCACUUAGAAAAGAAAUACGUUUGCCAUUGUGGAAAACGAUUUCAAAGAACUUCAACGCUGAAGACACACAAAAAAAGACAUCUUAGUAAAGAAACUUUUUUUUGUAAAAUUUGCUUAAAAAACUUUACGGAUAUCGGAUCAUUAUCACGUCAUGAAAAAAUACAUUCUGAUUCUGUUAAAUAUAAAUGCCGGCAUUGUGAUAUUUUAACCAAACGCAAGGACAACAUGUUACGCCAUGUAAGAAAUAUACACUUGGGGGAACAAUUUUCUGAGUGUGUUAUUACCAUAAAUCCCGAGCCGACAAUGGAGACUGAUGAACCUUAUGAUUCUUCCUUAUUAGCAAACAAAAUUAAAUCUGUUAGUGAAGAAAUUAAUAUCCCUAAGACUGUUAGAAAUAGUUCUGUUAUUAAAUGUAUAGGUAAUGUGGAACCUGUUAAAAUACCAGAUGAAAAUUCUGAUGAAUAUGCACUUGAACUGACCUAUGAACCUUUAAAAAACGUAAAUUUAAGUAAAAUAGAACCGGAAAAGAAGGCACACCGUUUAAAAAGAAAAUACGAUCAAAUUGAAAGAUAUCGAAAAAUUCUAUACCCUGACGAAAAUGACGAAGAAGAUGAAAACCAUGAAACUAUUAAAGUUGACCAGAUGGAAACAUGUAGUAUAAACCAACCUGAAGAUUCAACACAAAAAACACAUGAAUUUGCACAGCGCCCCAAUACUUCGAAUUUUAGUGAAAUGCAUUGGAGAAAAAAAUAUCAAGAAGAAUACCAAGAAAACUAGAAAAAUCACAGUGAUUUAAUGUAUGUCAUAUGAUCAUGAUUUGAUUGUCGAUUUUCUGGUUACAAAUGCAAGCUAAUUGUGUCGCCUAAAUUUUAUAUUACAUUCAAGCGUUUAUGAAAUAAAUAUAAGGGAACAAGCGGAGGAAAAAUAAAUUAAAUUAUAUUUUUAAGACAAUUGUAUUUUCUAAUGUUGUAGUGCUAUAAGUAAUACCCAUUAGUUUUAGUAAAAAACAAUUUCAGCAACCUUU